AUACGUAAGUACUUUCAGAAAUUUUGAAAAAAGGAGAAAAAGCACGAAUGCGCUGCCUUUCAAGAUACUUCUCUUUCCCUACCCCCACAAAUGUCCCUCAGUGCUAUCUUAUAAACAUUUAAAGGAAUAAUCUAUUAUGCUUCCUAUCAGAAUAGCGGUUAUAUUCGGAGUGGUACUCUGCUCAAAUGCUACGUUUUUCGAGGGAGAAAGUGACGAGAGCUACGAGGAUGAUCGGGAAAGCACCAACAACGAGGAAUUCCCAGAGGAAUAUUCAGAAUUGGAGGGCGAAGAUGAGAACGGAGGCAGAGCUGAACAUGUAGGCGGAGAAGAUUUCGGAGAGGGCCAACAGAGAAGCCUUCAUCGGCAGAAAAUCAAGAUCAAAGUAGUAAAAAAUGAGUCGCUCUUGAACCUAGUCGGGCAGCAGGUCCAGGAGCAGCACAGCCUUGAUGUAGGUAGUCCCUUCGAGUCGAUGAUGGUCCCGCUCGGGCAGAGGGUGAAGAGCAAGCUCCGGAAACAUAAACAUAGACAUCAUAAACAUCAACAUCAACAUCAACAUCAAAAUCAACAUCAAACCGGAGAGGAUUUCGAGUCGGUGCCGGUUGUGGACGGAGCGCAGCAGUCUAGCAAACUCGUGGUAGCGCCGCCUUUGUUAUCAUCGUUACUGGACAAGGUCCUCAAACCAGCCCGAAAUACCUCAAAGGAGGCUGAAGAUCUCGAGAAUCUUGAAAAGUUGAAUGAGCCAACUGUACCAGCCGUAUGCUAUUUUUGGCCCCAAGGAAACGUUCGGACUUUUGAUAACAAAGUAUUCAGUUAUAAAAGUGGUGCUCUACUAAAACUGAUCGAGUCAAGUUCAUUCGUCGUGGAUGUUCAGGUGGACCACUCACUCUGUAUUCAAUCUUCCACGCCAACUCAGAACUGUAUUCAAGUGACAACUAUUAUUCUGGUCAACGAUAAAGAAUACGUGAUAAAACACGACGUAAACGGCACAUUUAAAGUAUACACUGCAGAGACAGAGCACCCAGUACCAUGCAAAUUCGAUGGAUUCGAAGCUAAGAAAUUAUCAGCAAAUGCUUUCGUAGUCAAUACAAAUGAAGAUACCUUAUCCAUUCAAGGAACAAAUAAAGGGAUUAUAAAAGUAACGGUUCAAAGAUUGAACGUGAAACCUGUGAGUGGUUUAUGCGGAAAUCUGGACGGAAACCCAGAAAACGAUGUGGCGGCCUCUGAUGUCAAAUCUUUCGUCAAGAAAUGUGAGGAGGGUCGUAUUUUUUCGUUCAUAAAAAAAUGGAAAAAUAUUCUGUUCUCAGAGGGAAAAAUCACAGCGACUGUUUUUUCCGAGGCAGCCAUUAAAGACUCAUUCUGUUACGCUUUGAAACAAAAUCCGAAGUUUGCUGAGUGCAGAAAAAAAAUGGGACCCAAUGUAGUUGAAGCCUACUUCGAGGCAUGCAUGGGUGAUUACCUGAGCUGCCCGCUAGAGAAUAAACAAGACUGUGGUUGCACCACGAUUGAGGUGCUAACCGAAAUCUGUGGGAGGAUGAACGCUCCUGUAGAGAAAUGGAGGCAGUCGAAUUUCUGCCCUCUAGAAUGCGGGGGAAGACUUUACAGUUCCUGUGCUCCAGCUCAUCAACCCACCUGCCGUGACGCUUUAGUUCUGCCCACCAUUCCCGAGGCGUCGGGUGAUGAGUGCCAAGAGGGAUGCAUCUGCCCCUCUGGAACUUUCCUGCAUAACGGUUCAUGCAUCGCUGCAGACAAAUGCCCAUGUCUACGGAUGGGUAAAGAGUACGAUUCCGGUGACACAUUUACCGAAAACUGUAACACUUGCACCUGUCAAGCCGGAGAAUGGCACUGCACGUCAAAAGUUUGUAGCGCAGAGUGUUCAGGGUUCGGAACAUUCCAUUACCGAACAUUUGAUAAAUCUCACAUUACUUACAAUGGAUUCUGCUCAUACACACUGAUGAAAACAGAAAAUGUGUCUAUUUACAGCAUAUGUGAUAAAAAGUUUGGAAAUUCACCAAUGCAACCGUCAACUUGUGCCAGACACAUCCUCAUCGAAAUGCCUGAAAAUCGUAUCGAGCUAAGGGAGAAAAGAAAUGUUGUGGUUGACAAUUUGUUUCAAGAUAACUUACCAAUAAAUGUGAAAAAUCUUGCGACCAUUAGGAUAGCAUCGUCUAUGUUCAUUCAAGUGCGACUGUGGAACAGUGUGGAGGUGAAUUGGGACGGCCAUUCGUUAUUUAGCAUCUACGUUCCUGGAAGUCUCCAAAAUCAAACCAAGGGUUUAUGUGGGACAUUUAACUUCAACCAAAAAGAUGACUUCCUCACUCCUGAGAACGACAUCGAAAGUGGUGUUAACCUCUUUUUCCAAAAAUGGGCUGUACCUAGAUCUUGUGUCCGUGACGUCGAUUUGGAGGCAUCAAGUCAGGUUUGCAUAGCAGAAAAAAAUAGGAGAGAUUUUGCUAUUGGUGCCUGCCAAAUAAUUAAAUCUGAGACGUUUUCAGAAUGCCAUAAAGUUGUCGACGCUACUCUUUAUUAUGAAGACUGUUUGUCGGAAGCAUGUGGAUGUGCUGGAAAGCAUAAAGCCUCCUGUUUUUGCGCUGCAGUUGCCGCAUAUGCUCAGGAAUGUGCAAAUCAGAAUGUAUCAAUUUCCUGGAGGUCAACCAUGAAAGAGUGUGGUGUCCAAUGCGAUUUCGGACUGGAAUACAAAGAAUGCGCCGACUCGUGCAGAAUGACUUGCCAGGAUUUGUCGACUCAAAGUCAUUGUAAAAGUCACUGUAUACCCGGUUGUCAGUGUCCCGAAGGGAAGUUUUUGGACUCGGAUGGAAUUUGCGUUCCUCUGGAGAGUUGCCCUUGCAGACAUCAAGGACUCGAGUACAAAGCUGGAGAAGUUGUCUUUAAAGACAAGGAAAAAUGUCAAUGUCAGAAUGCGCAGUGGGUUUGUUCUUCUGAGCUGGAUGUUGAUUUAUUAGCGGUGAAUCAGACAACGCUCUGCAAUGGUGAUCUUCAUCAGGAGUUCGUACAUUGUUUACCAUCUAAAAUGCUGACAUGUCAGAACAUGAUUAACCAUACCCCUUCGCUACCGAGUGUCUGCCACAAUGGUUGUGUUUGUAAACCUGGUUAUGUGUUGGAUGCAAUCAAUGGACUCUGUGUAAAACCAACUGACUGUCCUUGCCACCAUGGUGGUCAUGGUUACACCAAUGGUGAGUCGAUCCAAACGGAUUGUAACUCCUGUACGUGUGCCAAUGGUUUUUGGAACUGCACCACAAAAGAAUGCCCUAGUAUUUGUUCCUCCUGGGGUGAUUCACACUUCAAAACCUUCGACUCUCAGAUUUACGACUUUCAAGGUGCCUGUGAUUACGUUUUGGCCAAAGGACAGAAAGGAAAUGAUUCGGAAAGCUUCACAAUCAUUAAUGAGCUUGUUCCGUGCGGCUCAACCGGCAUCACCUGCUCCAAAGCCGUAAUCAUAAUGAGCAACAUCGGAGCCACCGCCAACAAAAUCAUCCUCUCGAAAAACAAAGUCACUUUCAGCGAAUCUAACCACGCUGAAAUAUCCACGCACGAGACUGAACUUUACGUUAUCGUUACGUUACUCCACCACGGAGUGACGUUACGCUGGGAUCGUGGGACUCGAGUCGCGGUUCAGGUGGACCCUCGUUGGCGCGGGUCCAUGAGCGGACUCUGCGGUAAUUUUAACGGAGACGGCUCCGACGAUUUCCAGACACCCAGUGGCCUCGUCGAGACCUCGCCUCAAACGUUCGGAAACUCCUGGAAGAUCCAAUCGUUCUGUACGGAUAUCGAAGAAACGGUCGACCUGGCCUCCGCGUGCUCCGAUAACCCGCAUCGCAUACGUUGGGUCACGGAGAAGUGCUCGGUUUUGAAGUCUGCCAAAUUUGCGGCGUGCCAUUCAGAAGUCGUAGUGGAACCUUUUUAUAAGAGAUGCCUAUUCGACGCAUGCGCCUGUGACGAGGGUGGCGACUGCGAAUGCUUAUGCACCGCCAUCUCCGAAUACGCUCAACAAUGCAACACACGCGGGGUUCACAUCAACUGGCGGUCGCAGCACCUCUGCCCUCUCCAGUGUUCAAAUUCCUCCAGCUACGAACCCUGCGUCUCACCCUGCCCACCACCGACCUGCCAGAGCCUCCACCAACCCACCUCCACGUGCACGGACUCCUGCAUCGAGGGAUGCCGCCUCAACGACUGCCACACCUGCCCUGAAGGAGAAGUAAUCUACAGCUCCGAUAACUCCACCUGUGUGCCGAUCUCCCAUUGCCCUUGCUCAGUCUCCGAUGGCGUCACCUACCACGAGGGAGACGAGGUCCCUACGAUGUCCGAUGAAUGUCGCAGAUGCUUCUGCUCCAAGGGUAGCGUUGUGUGCACGAGCAGACCCUGCAAGUCUUUGGACCUCUUCACCAGCCCUGCGACGACGGAGACUCCUACAACCACUGAGAGUCCCCAACUCGGUGGGAGAUGUGAAGAAGGACAGGAGUACCUAGAGUGCAAAAUCCGGUGCGGGCAGCUGUGCGGCAAACAGUUGCACGAGGCGAAAAAGAGUGGAUUGUGUGGAGAUUCUGAGGAUGAUUGUAUCGGUGGAUGCUGGCCUGAGAGCUUGGAUGAUUGUCGUGAGGGAUAUCUCUGGGAGGGCGUUGGGCGGUGUUCACCGGCACGAGAGUGUGUGUGCGUCACGCCGGAUGGAGCUUAUCUGAAGCCUGGCGAGGUCCAGAUCCACGGCGAAAAGAUCUGCCAAUGUUUCAACAACAAGUACGAGUGCACAACCAUCCCUUCAACAACGGUCGAGGUGACGAAGAGCCCUGAAAUCCCUGCCAUCCCCAAAAAAUCCUACUGUACGCCCUGCCCUGGGGUCGAUCCGAACCCAAGCUGUGCUUGCCGGCCAAACGAAAGAUGGAACGGUACCAACUGUGUCUCGAAGCUACUGUGCCCGUGCGUAGUUGGGCCGCACGUUUACGAUGUCGGAAAGGUGUUCUUCGACGACACCUGCCAGAAGUGUUUGUGUCUCCUCGGCGGGGACCUCCAGUGCAGCCCUUUGUCGUGCUCUUGCGAUUCUGAUCUGGUACCCGCCACGACACCAAGCUGCCGAUGUCUAUGCCAGCCUUGUCCCAGUGGAACCCGAUUCUGCCGCAGGGAGGGGAUCAACAAGUGUAUCUCGGAAACCAAAUGGUGCGAUGGCCGCACUGAUUGCGAUGAUAGCCGAGACGAAAUAUCCUGCACAAAGGCUCCUAUCGUUAAAGAGAAAGAGUGCCCAACAAUAACAUGUCCACCCGGCUACAAACCUCGCACAAUCGUCAAGAGGAUAAAGAGAUUCAACUUCGCGGCACGACGGAGGGCUCAAGAGGAACAAGAAAACGAACAGUACGGGCAAUCUCAAAGUAUGGAACAAUCUCAUGAUAUGGAACUGUCUCAAAGUAUGGAACAAUCUCAAAGCAUGGAGCAAUCUCAAAGUAUCCAGCUCGCCCAAAGUGUUCAGACAACAAGUUGGGUGACAACCGAGACGCACAUCGAAGUGGACAUCAGCUUCUGGGGAUCAGCUUUCAGCAAAAAUCAAGCUUUGAGCAAGCACUUCAAGAAUAUCAAGAACAAAAACUCGAAGCAAAAACAGGGACAGAAGAAGCCGAAAUAUCCUGCCCAUCAGAAGAGAGAGGAGCCGGUCUGCCCUGAGUUCGAAUGUGCCCCAGACAGCGACACUUCGGUCGAGUGUAUUUCUGCGCCAGCUUGUCCGCGCGGAUACGAGUUGGAGAAGUUGGCCUCCAGGGAGUCCAUCUGCCCCAUGUACAAGUGUAAAACAAAACCGAUCCCAGACACAAAAUGUGAGGUCACGGACAAAACUGUCAGUACGUUCGAUCAUACGCACUACAAGGCGGACAUCUGUAAUCACAUUCUCGCAAGGGACAAAGAAAGCAAUUUGUGGAAUCUUACCAUGUUCCAAACAUGUUCCAUUCGAGACGGUUGUUCAAAAAUGCUCAGUUUGAUGCAUUUGGGCCAUAAAAUCGAAUUUUACAGCAACAUGUCGUACACAUAUGAUGACCGCCUGUACUCCUCUCACUUGAUGGAAAAAAUUGGUAGGAAAACAGGCGAGUUUGAAUUCAAAACCGUAGGCUUUAACAUAAUGCUUAUCAGCGUUUUGGAAUUCUCUGUAACUUGGGAUAAACAUGCGCAUGUGAAGAUUUACCUCCCAGCAAGUUAUGCGAAGCGAGUUGAUGGACUGUGCGGACUCUUCAAUGACAACCCAGCGGAUGAUCUCUCCAUGCCGCACGGCUCUUUGGCUGAGAAUGUCGAUGAAUUUUUAGCCUCGUGGGGCAAUAGCUCUUCUUGUCAAAUGCCAGCAUGUUCAUCAGCUGUGUUAGACCAAGCCUCUGGUUACUGCUCAAUCUUAAGGAAUGAACACUUCAAAGAAAGCUGUGCAAAAUUGGGUACAGACAAACUGGAAAUAAGUUGUAUCGAGAGCAUAUGCUCUUGCAUGGAGAUGAGUCGCUCCAUUGAAGAAUGCCGUUGCGCUGCGUUGGAGCGUAUUAUGUUAGAAUGUGAAACGUCCACCAACUCAAUUCAAACCAGUAACUGGCGUGCAACUUACAACUGCCCUGGAAAAUGUGAAGCACCACAAGUGUAUCAGGAAUGCUUUAACAAAAUUUGUGAAACGACCUGUGAUAACAUCCUCAUACCAGGCGCUUGUCCAGUUUUGCCUGAUUUGUGCUUACCUGGCUGCUACUGUCCCGAAGGGUACGUGCGAGAAAAUGAUCGCUGCGUGCAACAAAGUGACUGCAGGAAUUGUAUUUGCAGUGGGCACGGGAGUACCAGAAUUGUUACAUUCGACAAGCUUGAGUACGACUUCCAGAGUGAUUGCACCUACAUUUUAGUUGAAACCAUUCCAACGUAUCCUGGAAAUUUCACGAUCCUGUUCUCAGAUAGAGCUUGCACUUCAGCGACCGAUGACCAAUGUUCGGCUACUUUUACGAUAAAAACGAAUGAGAAUUCGAUCACAAUUGAGCGAUUCAAAAGCGGAGGAAACAAGGUGACGGUGACUGAAAAUGGAAGCAGCUCGAAUUUCAUCUGGUGUAAAGUGAACGAGGACCCCCAGCAGUCCGUGACCGUCUCGAUCCCAAGCCUAAACGUGGAUCUCACCGUCUUCAUCCCGCAAUUCGGUUUCAAAAUCGGCUUGCCGUCGCCGAACUACUUCGGAAAAACGCGCGGGCUUUGCGGGGUCUGCAAUUACAACCAAACGGACGAUAUGCUGAAGGCCGAUGGGACAAUCACGGAUGACGUGACCGAUUUCGUGACCAACUGGCUCGCAGCUGAUGACGGACUGUGCGUCCCGAAGAAUAAAUCAGAGAACAUUGAACAAUGUGUCAUCCCGGAUCCAAAUCCAUGUGCCCUUUUUGACGAUGUCGGUAUUUUUGGAUCGUGCUACUCGCUCGUGGACCCUGCUUCGUACAAACAACAGUGCGAGUACAGUUUCUGUCAUCAACGAUCCAUCUGUUUUGAUUUCGAGGAGUACGCCGAAGAUUGCCUAGCCGUAGGGGUGUGUGUCAACUGGCGAGGAAGCGACCAUUGCCCUUACCAGUGUCUGCCCGGUCUCGAAUACCACGCCUGCUCUACGAAAGGCCUCAAGACCUGUGACCGUAACGAGAAUGCGUUCAAUGAGAUCGUCCAAGAUCUGUGCGUUUGUCCGGACAAUCUUGUCUUCAACAACGGGACUUGCAUCGACAAACGACGAUGCCAACCGUGCGAUGACAAGGGACACUUCUUCGGCGACGAAUGGAGUCCGAACAACUGCGUCAAGUGCGCGUGUACCGCUGACGGUGUUCAGUGCUUGAAUACUGUUUGUCCGAAAACCACUCAAGUCUGCAGUUUCGGUUACAAGUCAGUGGUGGACUCCAGGACAGAGUCCGAAUGCUGCCCAGAAUACAUCUGUACUCCCGAUCCUGAUGUGAACACGACCUGUGAAACACCGGUGAUUCCCACUUGCAGUGACGAUCAAGUCUUGAAGCAGCUGACGACACCUGGAAACUGCAUAGAGUAUUAUUGCACGUGCAAGGCACCCGAGGAAUGUCCUCAAGUUGUGUUGGCCGAGACCUCCGAAAUGAUGCCUGGUAUGGUGGAGAUCAUCAAGCAAGAGGGAUGUUGCAACAAAUCCGCCUUAGUCUGCAAACCAGAAACUUGUCCGGAUAUACAGUUCCCUUGUCCUCCGUUCCACGAGAGGGUGAAGAGUUCGGAGCCAGAACUUUGCUGUCCUAAAUUCGAGUGCAAGCUCCCUGAAAACACGUGCCUUUACGAGAUGGAGUGGGAAUUCCACCCGCACGGCGGGGAACGACCAAUCGACAAAAAAGAGACUGUCCUGAAAGCGGUCGGCGAGACUUGGUAUGAUGGCCCGUGCAGGUUGUGUUCCUGCCGUGAGGGACAAAACACCAGUCAGUGCACCGUGCAUAAGUGCAGAAAACCGGAUCAGAAUGAUGACUACAUUUACGAAAAGGUUUCAGUGCCCCAGCAGUGCUGUCCUAAGUACGAGAGAGUAGCGUGUAAGAUGGACGAUAAAAUCUACCGUUCAGGGGAGACUUGGCGGUCGUCCGAUGUUUGUAAAACUCACACCUGUUCUUUGGACGACAGUAGUGUGCUAGUGAUCACCACUAAAGAGAUCGAGUGUCAGACGAAUUGUCCUUUCGGUUGGCGGUACGAGCCCUCGACCAUCCACGCGGAAUGCUGCGGAGUCUGCAAACCUCGAAAUUGCGUUUGGGAAAAUCAAGAAUAUUCCGUCGGCUCGAUGUGGUCGACGGACAAUAACUGCACGGUUCAUUCGUGUUCUGGAGAUUUUCAUGUGAUGACCUCGGUCACGCAGUGCCCUGAUACAUCUGACUGUCCCAAAGACCAGCUUGUUGACCAAGGCUGUUGCAAAGAAUGCAUCUGGAGACCGGAGAGUCAACAGAAUUGCAUCGUUGAAAAGACUGAGAAACCUAUUGAGGCUUAUAAAUUAUACAAUCUGGUGCACGGGAAUUGUUGGAACGACGCGCCUCUCUCAGCCCUAACUCGGUGCGGAGGGAACUGCAAUUCGGGGACGGAAUAUGACUCGACACUGGAUAAACAUCUGAGCCAAUGCCAGUGUUGCAAACCCACAAGAUUCGUUCCUGUUGAGUUGGACUUGGCGUGCGAAACUGGAACUAGAUUGCGUAAGUCGGUUUUGGUGCCCGCCGCCUGCAGCUGUAAAGUCACACAAUGUCAGGACUUGGAUUAAGAGAUCAUUUUCUAAUUCAUAUUUAAAUUAUUUAUUUUACAAGGAAAUAAUUUAUUAAAUUAUUAAUUAGUUUAUUUGGAAUUUUUUUUAAAAGUUUUACUUUUCUCUCAAGAUUAUACAUGUCAAUAUCAUUGAAGACGUCCCGUACCGAUAAAAUUUAAUUUAUUCCUAACUUUCGUUUUAAGAAAGUUACGGUAGGUUCACAUUCAAAUCUCCUUUGAUCGAAUGAUUUCCAUUAUUGUGAUAUUCUAAUUCAAAAGACUGUUGUAAAACGAAGUAGUCCUUUAUUGUUGUUUUUUUUUAAAAAUUGUGUUUAAAAUAAAACGUUAUUUAUUUCUGACCAGCUAA